AUGGAUAUCCCACGUCAACAACAGCCAUUGCCAGUGGUUCAUAAUGCCUACACACCCAAGGAAGCAAUUGAGAUCUCUUCUCGCACAGGUGCCUACAAGGCACAUAUGCGCAUCGACAAGACCAUCAUCAGCAGUUUCAUGGCUGGCUGUCUACUCUCGUUCGGAGGUGCCUGUUACUCGGUCAUCAACACUUCUGCCUGGCUGAACGAGAACGCUCCUGGUAUCGUGAGAAUGCUCGGAGCCUUGAUCUUCCCAUUCGGUUUGGUUGUUAUCGUCAUGACUGGAGCAGAUCUCUGUACUGGAAGUUUCAUGUACACCAGCUUGGCUGCUCUCCAUCGCCGUACCUCUGUUCUGUUGAUGUUGAGACAUUGGCUGCUUACCUUCUUUGGCAACCUUGCUGGUGCGUUGUUUGUGACUUGCAUCAUUGUUGGAUACGGUGGUGUCUUGUCGGCUCCAGUCUACCGCAAAGAGCUUCUAAACAUCGCAACGACCAAAGCCGUAACACCCGAGUGGUACCAGAUCUUCUUGAAGGCAAUCGGUGCAAACUGUCCUUGUCACUGUUCGAUUCUGCAUUCAAUCCUUAUACUGACCGGUAUUGCAGNNAUCUUCUUGCACCACCCGGACAUCACAGUUGGCUACUACAUCUGGAAGAGUAUGAUCCCUGCCGCUCUCGGCAACAUUGUCGGCGGCAGUGUUUUCGUGGCUUUCGUCUACUGGUACCUCUUCCUGGUGGGCGACACCUCCGAGAUUGUCAUUGAUGGCGAUUACUGGGACGUCCAGAGCCGCUCAUCAAUAACUUCGAUCUCAGAAGACCGAACCACACAACACCAAUCCAACAAGGACGAUGGCAAGAUGGUCUAA